UUCAAGUCAUGUCAUUUCGUGAUCCAUCUUUCUUGUUUCUGCGUUUUUCUUUCAUUUAGCUGGUCUCUGAUCAUGAUCAGGUCGCUUCUUCGGUGCAGAUUAACUCCCCACGUCCUGUCCUUCACCAGAGGAUCAAGUCUGUUCGCAGCUCGAACACCUUACAGUUUGCAGCCUUGUUCACCAAGUCUCAGGCCAAUUCAGCAGCGCCUACAUGGACCUGUUAUCCCUAAAAUCACAGCCCUUGUUAAUUACUCGGAUGUGUCCACACAGAAGUACACUAUGAUUUACACCCUGCCAUACAUUAAGCUCCUUCGAGCUGUGUCCAGGCUCAAACUCCUCCAAACUGCAAUAACUGUGGUCCUCUUGCCCCCGGUGUACGUCCUCUACUUCCAGGGAGCUGCCUCCGCCUUUCUUGUCGGCUACACGACAGGGAUAGCUCUGUUUGCUGGUGUUAUGCUGUAUACUGCCAGUUACUUCUUCAGAAGGGUGGUGGGAAUGAUGUAUCUGGAUCCAUCUCAGACCACGCUCAAAGUGUCCCACCUCACUUUCUGGGGAAAGCGCCAUGAUAUGUACCUGCCAGUGUCAGAUGUCAUGACCAUUGGAGACACAGGGGACUCCGUAAAUGAGACCAUACUGAAAUUUAAGAGAUACAGCAGUGCGGAGACUCUGUAUUUCUCAACUCAUUUUGGACGUGUGGUGGAUGAACAGGCUUUUAAAAAAGUGUUUGGAAGUUUUUAAAAUGAUUAUUUGUUUAAAAGAAAAUGUGGAGUAUUCUGAAUAGUAUUAUCAAAAUAUAACAUGUUAAGAGAUGCAUCUAUUGUCCAUGAACAAUAUUCUAAAUGAAAACACAUUAUACAGCUUGCUGUUAUAUUUUAUAUCUAAGAUAUUUUAGCUGACAUAGAUCUGAAUCAUCCACAGUUGAUAAAUUACUGGUUUAUUAUUAUUUUUCUUUUUUUAUCUUAAUUAAGGUUGAGAAGUAAGAUUGCAGAUUUAAAAAAAAAAAAAAAAAAUCUGGACCCUAACCCUAACCCUGUGGUAGGUUAACAGUUGUCUACUAAAUGGUGACUAUGUAUGCAGCUGAAAUAAAAAAAUCAAGUGAGAUUGGCCUAACAUUGUCCGAAUAUUCAUGUUGCAUCAUUAGACCAUGAUAGGAUAGCUCCACGGGUCACAUGUCCUUCUUGCUGCAAGCUCCAAAGAAGUUGUCUCCUCCUGAUAUUGAUUUUUUUUGUGUGUGUUAGGUUAAAGUGUAAACCUUAAAACUGUUAUUAUGUAAAAUGCAUUUUUCAACAUUGUUUUUGAUUGGGCUAGGGUUAGGGCAUCCUGGCUGUAGAAACGGGGAAUUAUUCAUACAUUUUGCCUCAGGUUUGGUUCAAAGAAAUGUCACUUUGGGAACAGUUUCUCUUGCUGAGUUUUUAGAACCUGCGAGUUUUCAGUUCUAUCUUGGUUAAGAUGUUUUCUGACAUCUAGAAAUAGAAGUAGAGCAGGUUAACUACCAGCUGGUGAUUUGAUCCAGGUUUCUUGGCUCAUAUCAAAGUGAUUUGCAAAUAUGAAGGAGUGUGUAUCAUAGAUAAUAAGCUUUUAUAAAUGUUUUUUGAGUUCUCAGUAACAGUAGAAAAGCACUGCAUAAACAUUAUUCCAUUUACAUUUACAAUAUCUCAAA